CAAUUCUGAGGUCUUCACUCAUCUAUAAUGUCCUUACGUUUGGUGUCCACAUAUAUCUCAAUAAGUCUGGAACUUCUAUGUGUCUUACAUGUUUCAUGUAACUCAAUAUGUACACACGUACAUGGACUGAUUCUUGGAUAGCUUCCUCUGUCUGGUGACUAGCAUGCUGGGAGACGUUUGUAAUCCGGCCCUCCUCAGUGUCACACAUACGGACGGACUGUGGGGAAGUGAUCCCUUCAGGACAAGCGCCAGCUAGCAGAGGAUUUGGAUCCAGGCCCAAUUCUCAGUGGGAUCUAUGUCAAUUGACAGGUCUGAGAAUAGAGCCCGGAAUGACUGGAAUAGUUUCCACAAUGCAGAGUAGAAUUACAUACAGUAGACCUGUAUGUACUUGAUGGCCACAUCAGCAGAUGUGAUUUUACAUAAAUCUUUGCAGCUAACAUACUGGUGUAAUAACAUGUUUUUGUAGAAGUAGCACCUAAGUUAAAUAUAAGGAAUUUUGCUGUAAAAUGAAAUGGAAUGGGUUUUACUGGCAGGUCUGAAACAAUAUUAGAAGACCGCAAAAUCACAAGACUUAGCUGAUUGGUCAGGAGAGUAGAGAGGGUGGAGUAUACAACAUGACAUCUUAACUGAAGUGGUAUAAAUAGGAACCUGUGCCACAUUCUGCGGGCAAAGAGAUGACUUGGACUACAGACAACGACUUGCUGCUUGUUUGUAUGUAAGAUAUAAAAAUAUUUGAAACUAAUACAUUUUUCUUGUGAGAUUAUAGUUGCAGAAUUGCACACAAAGAGAGACUUUUAAUGUAUAACAACAAUGAUUUUGCAGUACAUUUUUUUCCUUCUAUUUUCUAGAACUCCAGUCUAACAUUGAGGACAAUAUUCCCGUCACUCAACACCAGACUACCAGUAUGGAGAUGUCCAGUACAACUUUAGGAUGGCAGAUUCGGGCUCAAGUGACUCCAGUGGUCAACGUUUGCCAAGUCCUGGAGGGAGCAAUAUAGGACUGCUGAUGGGCCGCCGGCCACCCGCCGCCAUCUCUACUGGCCGUCUCCCCUCAAUGCGUUCUAGAGACCUCACCCUGGGAGGAGUGAAGAAGAAAACUUUUACACCCAACAUUAUCGGCCGAAAAGCCAAAGAGGAAACAAAAGUUGAAGGUGGACAGAGGAGAGACAGGAGGGAUGGAGAUCGAGGUCGAGGUCCGAGAGAUAGAGGCAGGGGCCGAGGUCGCCCAGAAGUCAUCCAGUCCCACUCUAUUUUUGAACAGGGGCCCGCAGAGAUGAUGAUGAUGAAAAAGAGAGGAGGCUAUGAAAAUGAGAGAGAUGCUCCGGCCAUCGGACCGUCACCCAUCAUCAAUAUUAAAAAGGAGAAGAGAGAGACUGAGGAAGAGACCAAAGAGAUUCUGCGCAAGCUGGAGCGAGAUAAUUUUAUAGACGAUCCCUUCCUGAGGAGUGAGCAGAGUAGCUGCCCUGUCCAGCUUCCCCUUGCUGUGUCGGGAUGGGGAUUCAAGGAGGAGUUUACUAACGCUUCUGUUAAAAUUGAGAAGGUAGAGGAAGAUGAUGAACCCAUGGAACCUGCAGUUGAAGUGAAACAGGAGCCAGAGGAAAUCGACAUAAAGAAGUCAGAGGGAGCUUGCAGGCCUCCUCCUCUCCCUGAGCCUGAAGUUCUGCCUGACCUGCUGCAUAGAUGGAGUCUGAGCAAAGGGGAGGAGCUGUUCUUCAUGCAGCUGCCGGACUCGCUGCCCGGCCAACCCCCCACCAAAGAGCACAGGCCGGUGAAAACAGAGGUGCAGUCAGAGGACGGACAGUCUGUGCUUCUGAAAACAGAGUCUCAGGAGGAGGAACCUGAAGACAACAACUGCAAUCUGAAAGACCUGCGGGAGGGUGUUGUAGGAAAAAUGCUUGUGCGGAAGUCUGGCCGGGUACAGCUCAUACUGGGACAAGUGACACUUGAUGUGUCUCUAGGAACGUCAUGCGCUUUCCUGCAGGAGCUGGUCUCUAUUGGUACUGAGGGAAGAACGGGCGACUUGACUGUAUUAGGGAAUGUCAAACACAAAAUGGUUUGUUCCCCAGACUUUGAGGCUCUACUGGAGAGCAGCGCUUGACGCUCGUCAGAGCAGUGGAGGAAUGAGCCACUUCAAGCCUGACAGGUGGAUGCACUUGUGGUGGCUUGUGAUGUUGACAAGAUGUCCACCGUUACUAUGGACUAUUCCCUUUGGAAACUGACAUCCAAUACAAGUACGAUGGCCAUUGAUUGUGCUUUUGUGUUUUCAGAGUGGCAAUAAUAACAUAUUGAAAAACACUAUCUAUAAAUAAGGUUUUAUUUACUUCUUGUGGAAUAGGCAUAUUAAUUCAGGGUUCAAAGGUUGAAUGGUGUGCCAAAAUUCAGUACUGUUUUCAUUUCUCUGUCUGAAAUUACUUGACAAGACUGUACAUGGAUGUAAAUGUGUGAAUAAAAAAGCUUUUGUUAUUCCAGUA